AUGCAGUGUGUUCGUAUUCUGCUCAUUGCGAGACUCCUCGUUCUGGUGCGAGGGUUGCUUACGGAGGCGUAUCCGAUCAGCAAGCAGUUCCCCGCUGUCGCGCGGGUGGGACAGGAGUUCCAGUUCGAGCUGUCGGAAAACACUUUCCAGUCGGACAAGGGCUCGUCGAAAGUGCAGUAUGCGGUUUCCGGGCAGCCCAAGUGGCUGAACUGGGACGGCAGCCGGCGGCUGCUGUACGGGACGGCAACACGCGAAUAUGUGGGCGCGGAGGGGACGCGUUUCUUCGACAUCGUGGUGGAGGGGACGGACGUGGGGGACGGGACGACGCUGCAGCAGAAGUACCGGCUUGUCGCGACGUCACGGAUGGCGCCCAGGCUGGCGCCCGGCUUCGAUAUUCUUAACGUGCUCAAGCAGUCCGGCAACACUGACGGGCGCAACUCGCUGAAGGUCUUGCCGGGCGAGUCGUUGAACGUGGUGAUCCCGAAGCAGAUGUUUGUGGCUGGCUCCGAGGAAAGCCCCGUGGUUGCGUACUACGGGCUGACGCAGCGAUUCCACGCACCGCUCCCCUCGUGGCUCUUCUUUGACAGUAGCCAGCUCCGGUUCAGCGGCACGCCACCGGUGGUGAACUCUAAUACCGCGCCGGAGGUGCCGUAUUCACUGACCAUCAUUGCAACCGAUUUUGAGGGGUUCACUGGCGUGGAAGUGCCGUUCGGGGUGGUGGUGAGCGCGCAGAAACUGACGACGACUAUCACCAGCCCGCUCGUCAUCAACGUAACUGACCAGGGCGUUUUAGACUACGAGCUUCCGCUAAACUAUAUUUUGCUGAAUGGCAAACCGAUCACGGAAGCGGAAUUGAGCACCAUCACCCUGCAUGAUAACCCAAAGUGGGUGAAAAAUAGCGGCUCCAAGCUAUAUGGAAAGUUGUCUGAGCCUGCGACUGCUAACUUCACUGUGUCCGUGAAAGACAUAUAUGGAAACACAAUAUAUCUAACAAUAACCAUCGAAUCUACCGAGCGGCUAUUUACUGUGUCCGAAUUGCCUGUUGUGAUGGCCACCCGGAAUUCCUGGUUUCAGUAUGACCUUUCACCCUCUGUGUUCCUCAGGUCGUCUUCGUUCGAUGUAUCGGUCAGUUAUUCUGGCGCCGACUGGCUCCAUUUUACGAAGUCUAAUCUGACUUUCCAGGGGGUUGUCCCGAAAGAUUUCUCCGAGCUAUCCGUCGAAAUCACGGCCAAGGGAGCAACGAAGUCGGAAACACUUCCUUUGAAAUUCUCCGGGCGAUCAAAAGUGCAACCAUCAACUAGUACGACCAGGAGCUCUAGCACGUCUUCUCCCUCCGAAACGUCUACUGGGCAUUCAUCCACCAUCACCAGUACCACUACUGCCAUAGACACUGCAACUACCAGCGACGCAGCAACCUCCGCAACUUCCAGUGUGGGAGAACCUGUUUCAGAGAACAAAAAGAGCGAUCGCGAUUUGAAACGCUUGGUCGCGAUUGUUUGCGGGAUUGUGAUCCCACUUGCGGUAAUCCUUGCAGUGUUGCUUCUGCUGUUCUUGCUCUGGCGCCGCCGACAAUCCAAGAAGAGCGAGGCUAAGGAUCCAGAGUACUCCACGAAACACAUCAGCAGCCCAAAGCUCGGCAACCCAGCCAAUCGUCCGAACAUGUUCGCAAGUAAGUCUCGCCGCAAGGAGGCAAACGCAAACCCGUUCGCGGAUCCACCGGCUUCUCAGUCCGAGGCCAAAAAGAUGGCCGCGCUGAACGCUCUUCACUUCGAUGAGCAUUCCUCUGACACGUCGCUAGUCAACGAGAAGGACGAAUUCGAAGAAAAAGCGGAUGAUGAUAGCGUCUUGAGUGUGGACGCUAUGGACCGCAUUGCAGCAGCGGAGCACGGUCUGCCCAGGAGCGACAGCGUUUAUAUUACGACGGAUCCCAAGUCUGCAUCCGUCUACUACAACAGCGAACCCUCGCAGAGGAGGUCUUGGCGGUACUCUGCGCACAUGUCCAAGCGAAAUUCGGCACAACGUGCUGCGCCCUCAGCGUCGCGGCGCGAAAGCCACGGCUCAUUAAAGACUGUCAGCACUGCGGAACUAUUAAACACGGAGGUCACCACGCAUUCAAACAUUCCCCAUGACCCGAGCAAAUCUACCCUAGGCCCCCGGGACUCGGUAUUUCUGAGCGGAACAGGCAAACCGAUCUCCGACGCCUCUACUGGUAAAUACACACUACCCCCUCUUACCGAGACCAAGUAUAAGUCGGGGCUUAGUGCUGACAGUAAUGAGAGCAAGAGAGCCUCAGACAGCAGCGGAGGGUCAGAUUUUAUACCAGUCAAGCAGGGCGACACCUAUCAGUUCACCCCCAAAAGAUCUACUGACUCGCGCUUCGGAAAAACCGCCCCGAUGAGGAAGCAGAGCACCAAACGUCUAGUCAAUUUGCCUAACCGUGGCGGCGUUAACGUGAGCGAUGCAAGUCUCAUCGGCCAGGAGCCGGAGCGCGACUAG